UCACAACGCGAACGCUUGGCAUAGCGUGGCGUGGCUCUGUCUGAACGAAAUCGAAAUUCAUAACUCAGUUCAUUCGUGGCGGUGUUACAAUUUAGACGCACAAAUCGUUAUAUUCAACGACUGUCGCACUGUGAGUGAGUUAAUGACUUUUGCUCGGUUCUAAGUGAUAAUACCUUUUGUGAUUUACUCUGCAAAUUAAGAAGAAGAAGAAGAAGAAAAACGAAAGAAAAAUUGUGAUUGAGCGUGGAAUUUACAACCAAAAAAAGCAAGAAGUGAAAAUGAAAGUGUUUGGAUUUGUUACCAUUUUGCUUGCCAUGUGCAAGUACAUUGAGUGCGAUAAUGUAUCACAACAACAACCACUAUUCUGCAAUGAUUUACGGCCACAAAAUCAAGUGGAUAUUGAACAACUUUUGGGCUUGUGGUACGGAAAUGAAAUCAUCAUGCAUCAUGAUAGUAUGCGUAGUGAAUUGGCUCUGGAUGCGUGUGUUAUGAUUCACUUAUCCGACAUUACUCAUGAAAUAGCAUCAUCACGACCGCGAACACCAGAUCAAUUCCAAGAAUAUCACAAUCAACAAAUUUUCUACAAUUACGACAAUAAUCAACGACCAAUUGGAGGACAACAGUAUCAUUAUCUCAAAUUACAAUGGUCAGAACAGGAUAUUAACUUGGAAUAUACUCUGCGAUACAAUACAACCAGACGAGGAUUUUGGAUUUCAUCUUCACCACAAAAAGGAACAAUGAUGAAAUUGAACUAUGGUCAAUUCUCUGGGGUGAUCCAAGUAAUGAAGGUCGUGAGCAAUCAAAUGGUUUUGACUUUCUGCGAGAAUUUGCCGGGCAAACAGUUUUUCACCAUCGUUCUGUCACGCAAACCCAACAUUUUCUCAGCUGAGGACCUUGGAAGUGUACACGGGCUUCUACAGCACCGCGGUUUGCAAACGGUUUCAGUGCGAAAAGUUUGUAAUGGAUCGACAUCGAUGCAUAGCAUAUCGAUUUCAUCUCUUUUUAUCACAGCCGCUGUCGCAUAUGUUCUUAAACAUUUUUAGAAUUUCUCUUAGCAACUACUGUAGGUGUCCGCUUUCAGCUCAAACCAUUUUCAUCUACUCAUAAAAUCACAAUUAUAAGUUUUUAGUGUAUUCUAAUUAUGUUCUUGUAAGAGAGAUUGAAUAAAAAUAAUGAUAAUUGUAAUUGAAAUCGAA